GAGCACGCGAGAUCGGAAGUGUUUUCAUUUAUCCUGUGCACGAUAAUACGCGAAAAAGUAUUGGGUGCCUGCAUCUGAGAGCUGAUUAAAUUUGAAAUAAUUCAUGCUGGUCGUGAAGUAUCGAUGGACUCCAGUCAUCCCAAGGCCGUCUUGGUCUUCAGUGGAAAACGCAAAUCAGGGAAAGAUUUUACAUGUGCUCUACUGAAAGAAAGGCUUGGAGAUGUAUGUACGAUCUUGACUCUCUCAGCUCCUUUGAAGUGUCAGUUCGCUGAGAUUCAUGGCCUAGACUAUGAGCAGCUCCUCUCAGCGUCUUCCUACAAGGAGCGUUACAGACAUGACAUGGUGGUAUGGGGUGAGAAGAAACGAAAUGAAGAUCCAUCAAUAUUCUGCAGACUUGCCACUCUAGAUGUUUCAACUCAACAUAAGGUAUGGCUUAUCAGUGAUGCAAGACGUAAGACUGAUGUAGCAUACUUCAAGGAGACCUACUCAGAUAGAGCUAAGCUAGUCAGGGUACAAGCUGAUGAAUCCAUAAGAGCUUCAAGGGGUUAUGUCUUCAAGAAAGGAGUGGAUGACAGCGAGACAGAGUGUGGCCUGGAUGAAGGUGUCUUGUGGGAUUAUGUAAUAACCAACAAUGGAGAUGAAGAUGAUCUAGAUAGACAACUCACACAGCUUAUCAGCAGUAUACAAGACGGUUUGAUCAAUGAAAUUAAAACAGAUGUAUCGUGACGCUAGCUCAAUUAUGUAGGCUAUAUUUUUGGAUAUUUUUAUCAUAUUCCCUCAAACAUAUUCUGAUGCAAUAUUUAUUGUUACAACAUAAUUAUGCCAAAUCAUGAGAAAACCUAGGAAUAUAGGGUAGGGUAAUUGAAAACUUUCAGAGUAUUAAAGUGAAGUGUCACAUACUUUUAACUGAUGAAGAACAUGCAAGUACAGAUUCUCUUUUGACGCCUUAAAUGAAUCAAGCCUGUGCCAGCUUUAUUUGUGUUCAACUACAUAAUUGUGUCGGUCUACAACAUAUGUUAUGCUGACCCUUCAUUCAGGGUACGUUGGAUUUUAUGUUUGAUCUCAUUUUUAUUAUUAUAUAUGCAUGAUUUAUAGGAAAAAGAACAGAUUUAUUUUACGUAUGUUCAUUAUAAGUUUUGGUUGGUAAUUUGUAGAAAGACAAUGGUGCGCUUACAAACAACCGUAUUAAGCGCACCAUAUCAAGCACCCUAAUAAAUGUUGUGUAUUAUUAUUAUUACUGGAACCCGUGGAAAUCCACGGCCACCCUACUAAAAGUGCAUUAUGUGGAGAGUUUUGUUGCAAAAUGCAAUAAAUCCAUUUUGGUAAAUUCUAGAUAUUUGUGUUUGAAGGUUGCUGCUGAAUCAUAAUAGAAAUAAUAAGGGAAAUGUUGUUUCAAACGA